AUGGAUGUUUUGAGGAAGGACCUUGUCAACCAAGAAACGAAAUUCCAAGCACAAGUGGCCACACUGACGGAACUCGCUGAUAGCAGAUGCGAGGAGAUAGAAAGAGCAAGGGAUAUAAUCACCUCGUUCCGGAAAGAGAUAGAUGCUAAGGACCAGGAAAUUGACCGAUUAAAAUGCGACCUCGCAUCGGCAUACAAAGAAUCAGAAUUGAUCCGACAGCGAAGUCGGUCGCUGGAGGAAGAACUUGGUGCAGCCAGGAGCUGUUCCGCAGACCUCGCCAACCAGCUUAGCAGACGAAAUGAUGAAGCAAUAAGAGCAAUACGUGCAGAGUUAGAAGACUCAAAUACAAGAUGCGCGGAAUUAGAAUCGAGAGUGGAGUUGUUAGAGCGGGACAAAGCGAGGCUAGAGCAGGAGAAACUCAUACAGGAACAGAAGGCGCAGGAGGCUCUAUCAGCAGCAGAGGCGAAUAUAUCAAAAUGGCGAUCCGCUCACGAAGCCGCUCGAUCACAAGCGGCCGCGAGAGCGGAGAGAAUUCUCGCGGAUUGCGAGUGGAAGAUGAGGGAGUUGGAGAAGAGAGCUAGAGAUGCUGAGAAGGAGAAGAAAGAGUUAUCAGAAACAGUGGAUCAACUAAAAUCAUCUCCACCAACUCCAUCUCACAUUGCCGAGCUCCAGCAACUGCGAGGUCUUCUAUCGGAGCAGCAACGUUCAGUACAGUCUUUGACGCUUCAACUGCAGAUGGUUGAGACGAGGGAAGAAAGUCUGAAACUGGAGGUCCAUAGGCUGAAGGAUCUGCUGGAGAAGGAGGCGAGGAUUAUGCAGGAUAAGGAGGAACAGCAUUUGUUGGCCAUAGAUCGACUCAACCACCAACAUUCAGAACACAUAAGCACAAUCAAAUCCGAGCAUUCAGAAGCCAUGUCCAGUGCUGCAAGUGCCCGUGCAACCCUGGAGAGAGCACACGCAGAGAAGACCAGAACAACUCUUGCCAACUUGAGGAUAGAAACAGAAAGAGAUACGAAGAAUGCUGAUAGGAAGUUGCGGGAGGUCACUACUAGGUUUGAAAAUCUGAAAGAAGUGUUAGCGGCGAAGGAGACACAAUUCGAGCGAGCGAUCGCCGAAGCGAACAGCAAAGCAGACUGGGACAUUCUGCAAUUGAGACAUCUCCUGGACAAAGCAGACAUCAACUACGCGAAUAAUGUGGAGAUGUUGAACGAGAGAUUCGAAAAGGAGAAAGAGCGAUUAAUAGAAGAAUGGUCGACCAGACUUCGGCUGGUUGAAGAGCAAGCCACGACGGACGCUGAAGAUGCAAGACGGAACCUGGAGACCACCAGAAGCAAACUCAUAGCUGAGAAAAACGACCAGAUCAGUAAAAUGAAGGAAAAACAUCGGUUGGAAAUGGAAGAGCAAUGGGAACAGUUUAUGGAAGACAAGGAGAAUUGCUUAGAGCGAAUGAAGUCUGAAUGCCGGCAAGAAGGUGAUGAGGAGAGAGUCAAGAGGGAGAAAGACUUAUUAGAAGAAAUUGCAGAAUUAAAAUCUCAAGUGCAAUCAAAAUCACACGAAUUCGACGCUUUAGCGACGAAGACCGCGGCGUGCGGUCGAACACUUGCCGUCACUGAACAGGAAUUAAGAGAGGCACUAGAGCGAGAAAAAAACUUGCGAGAGAAGAGGGGAGAUGAUGCGGCUAAACUGAAGCAGGUCGAGAAGGCUUCGAGGGAACAAAUUGAACAUUUGACAAGAAAAUGCGCAUGUUUAAGAAAACUUUUUGACGACAUGCGCGCACGUUUGACAGCUCGCGAGCGCGCCGCCGCAGAGGAGUCGCGCGCCAAAGACAAGGAACUGCAUAAUUUAAGGGCUGAGGUUGCCAGACUCACAAAGCUGCUGGUGGAGCAGGGAUCCCAAAAACUCGGCGCAAGAACGAGAGCAGAUGGUUGUGAGAAGAAAGAAGAAACAGAAGAACAGACACAGAGGAGAAAGGGUGGAAUAUUAAAAACACCAGAAUUGGCGCGUAAAAGGCCAACGUUGCCGGACCUCGAACCUCUCCCGCCCGAAUUAAAACCCGCCAAAUCAGAUUCACAAAAUGGCCGCCGUCGUGCCAAAAGCGUCGAUCUACCAGCCGUACAAGUGCCAGUCAGAAUAAAACAACUUGAAAACAUUAAUAAAGAGCAAACAUAG